GGCUGGUUGCAUAGCAACCAAAUAAGGAUGUGGUAGCAGGGAAGGUCCAAGCUGAUAAGGAAGCAGGUCAGAAGCAGCAGGAUCGCAAAGAAAUUUUAAUGAUGACAGGACAGCAGCUGCAUUUCUGAGUAAAAGGGAUCCGUUGACGCCAGCUGAAGCAAGUGGUCCAAUCAACUGUGGAAGAGCAACGAAUGCAAGGAGAAUGGAUUCUCAUGGGAACGUAGCUGACUGGAAGGCAAUGGAACAUCAUCUAGAAGACCAAGCGGACGAAAGCCACAGUGCUGUAAAGAAAUGGGCUAGCUAUUCCCCCCGAGGCUGUGAUCUGGAAGCAUUUGGAGGUGGUUGAGUCACCAGCCCGAGGUGAGCCAGGCACAUCCGCGUUAGGACUCAGAGGCACGCCUUCUUCUCACACAAACCUUCCUGAUCCCAGCCGCCUAGGCGGACUCCCCGGUGGUGCUACCAGCCUUGCCACUCGCAGUCUUGACAGGCAGAGGUUGGCCUUACACCGAUCGGGAGCCACAGGUUGCAGACUGCAGAGAGCCGUGCCCAUGACUGUGACUCUGUGAGGCUGGCUGCCUGCGCGCCUUGGUUGCUGGCUUGCUGGCGGGUCCCCGGAGCUCGAGAAGACUAGAGUGGGCCCCGAAACCUGAUACCAGCGCCCUCACUGCCGCCGCUCUGCGGGCUGGCCCGCCAAGACCCUCACUAUGACUGAUGGAGACUAUGACUACCUGAUUAAACUCCUGGCCCUUGGAGACUCAGGAGUAGGGAAGACAACAUUUCUUUACCGAUACACAGACAAUAAAUUCAAUCCCAAAUUCAUCACUACAGUAGGAAUUGAUUUUCGGGAAAAACGUGUGGUUUAUGACACACAAGGAGCAGAUGGAUCUUCAGGGAAAGCCUUUAAGGUACAUCUGCAGCUUUGGGACACUGCUGGACAAGAGCGGUUCCGGAGUCUCACCACCGCCUUCUUCAGAGAUGCCAUGGGCUUCUUACUAAUGUUUGACCUCACCAGUCAACAGAGUUUCUUGAAUGUCAGAAACUGGAUGAGUCAACUGCAGGCAAAUGCUUACUGUGAAAACCCAGAUAUAGUAUUAAUUGGCAACAAGGCAGACCUGCUGGACCAAAGGGAAGUCAACGAGCGACAAGCACGAGAGCUGGCUGAAAAAUAUGGCAUACCAUACUUUGAAACAAGUGCGGCGACAGGACAGAAUGUAGAGAAGUCAGUGGAAACCCUUCUGGACUUAAUCAUGAAGAGAAUGGAGAAGUGUGUAGAGAAGACGCAGGUUCCGGACACUGUCAAUGGUGUGAAUUCUGGGAAGGUCGAUGGGGAGAAGCCAGCAGAGAAGAAAUGUGCCUGCUAGACCCUCAGAGGAACCAGUGAUGGAGAGCUCACCCAAAUCCUAUGUCCCAAAACAAUGACAAACACAGCGUGGUUGUUGAGUAGUCGCUCAUGAGCGAUGGCGUGUCUUUCUCCCCUGACCCCAAUCUAUUUUAACAAAGCAGAAUGGUCAUAGUGUUAAAAGAACUGUCCUGUGAUCCCAAGUCCCUUCCAAACAAAACUCAAAGCUGCCCCACGUGAAUGCUCAGUUGUAUUUUUAUAAGGUUGUAUAUAUGAAAAAAAAAAGUAUUGGUCAGUUUUAAAUGAAAGCACAUUAUUACUGUCAGCCUGGAGAAUGGAAGAGGCUAACUAAAUGGAGAUGAUAAAAGGAUGAUUUCUGCUUUCAUCUAUGUAUGCGGAGUAUGACUCAUACAACUUCUAUAUUUGCACUGGGGAAGACAUAUUCCUAAAAAUAGAUGCAUAACAAAGAAUUCUCUGUGGCUUAUUAAGAAUGACUGUGUCUGCCCAGUAAGCUAUACCGAGUUAUUGAUGAGGUCGUGGGUGGGUGAAUGGAAGGCUUCUGUAGGAAACUGUGUGACAGUGCCAUUUUUAUAUCCCUAAUAAAUGUUGGAGAGACAGAACAGGACCUUGGAUGGAAAGGUAUGAGGGAGAUCCCCUGGCAGAAAAUGAAACAUGGGAAUAGGGUGCUUGAGCAAGUUAAAUGAAUAGGGUCUUUGAGAUAAGUCUGAGAGAGAGAGAGAGAGUUACUUAGACAAAUGCCACUGAAGCAGAUUAAACGCUAACAUCACCAGCUGGGAUUGGCAGUGUCUUCAGAAGCUCCUAUUCAAAUGAUUCAAACCCUUAACAUCGUUUCUGAUGGUGCCCACGUUCAGAUUUUAUUUUUAUUUUCUAUUGAAAGAGUCACAAGAAGAAAAAUAAAGCAUUUUUAUUGUAUAUAUAUACCUUAGAAGUAUAGUAAAAAAAAAACCUUAAGAUUUAGUUUUACAGUUUCUAAGUAUAAAAUUUGUUGUUGAGAGAAAACAGUGAUCAUUAAUUAUGGCUUUUGCUUCAUUUUAGAAAAGUACUAGAAAUUCUAAAUUUACAUUUCCUCUAGAGCACACUUAUGCCUGCCUUGGAGCUGUUACAGACUGUAGGUAUGUUCAUGGAUCAAUAACAUCAAAGUAAUUAUGGACCAAUAACUAUAGUCACUCUGAAUUUUCAUGCAAUCAAUCACCAAAUGCUGAUGUUGCAUAUUUUAUUAUAACAUUUUUUUUUUACUUUGCCAGGAGAAAGAAUAGCUGUAGUUGAGAUGUACUUGAAAAAAAUAUCAAGAGUGGAGCCGAGUUUCAAAUUCAGCAAACUAUAGUCAAUGUUUUGUUUUGUUUUCCUGAAAGCUAUCUUUUCUUUCUAGAAUUAAUCACAGAUAUUCUUAUCCUUGUGAAAGCUCACAUUGUGUUUCUUUUUAUUAAUCAUAAUCUGGAAUACAUAUAAGCCAAUCUUAUCAAUGUAGUAUUUAAAAUUGCCAAUGGAUUUCACCAAUGACAAAGACAAUAAUAGACUAUUAACAGAGACAAACUGCUUUGGGCUUUCUGUUUUCACAGUGAGCUUACAAUUUGUGACAGGAUAGUUUCUAGUCCUUUGAAACACUUUUAGUCUCAAACUUUUGCAUGCCUUGCCUUCUUUGAAAGUUACAAACAUCACAAAAUAAAAUCCAGGGCCAUAUUCAACUUCUACUAACUUCGAUCUGCUGUUGAGUCAGACAGAUCCCAGAUCAUGUCUACACAAAAUAAGACAAGCUAGAUCCAGAACUGGGCCACGAACCAACACAAUUUGGAGGCUUAGAUGGGAUUCAGCCUUAGUACAAUUCUCAGUGUCAACAGCUCAGCGCUCCAGCAUGUACAAUUCAUUCUCCGUGAGAAUCCCCUUCAGUUCUCACUGGCUGGGAUGCUCUUCAUGGCCUCGAUGUCUGUGCCGUAAGGGUAGAAAGCUAACAGUCAGUUUCUGCACCGUGUCUUUUGGAAGCAAAGGGGAAAGAAAUGGUUAUGACAAAAUCUGGUGAAUGUCAUGAGCGCCAUAAUUUCCGGUUUUGAUUCAAGUCAUACUCGUCUUUCCAGAAUGGUGAGUCCUGUGGUGGUGAAGGAAUUUCAUCUCUCCAACUCUCAGUUUACCAUUGUGCUCCAAUUACAUAAUCAGUUACCUAAUUGGCUUGCUUAUACAAAGAUUAGCAAGACUCUUGCACUGUCAGAGUAAGUAUUUUUCAUGACCGGUUCGAAGAGCAUUGUUGCGAACUAGCAUGAAACAGAGGGCAUUGAGGCCUGGAAAUAUGGAACUGUGCCUGUGAGAGUAACGGAUAUUGGGUAAUAAUCUCAAGAGGGUUGACAUUUCAAACUGUCGAAAAUGAAAACAUCCUAGUUAUUACACACUUGGCUAGAAAUUCGUCUUUCUAUCUGUAAACUUUGACAUCCGACCUGGAAAUCUAUUUGGUCAUGAUUAAGACAUCAUUCUCCUAUGUUUGUCAGAUUCUAGUUCUGCAUACUUCCUUAUGUAACUUCGAAUGGAUCUGGUGCCAUGAGAAGAACUAUGUAUCUCUUUGAUCCCACCACAACGUAUAUCUGUAGAUAUUUUUUUCCUAGUAAUUACUUCCCAAAUGCCUUCAGUGAACCAAUUGGAGUUUUGAGAGGUAGCUAAUGUACAUGACACGUCUUUGUGAUACAGCACCCAAGUCUAGGGUGUUGAAUCGGUUGAUGUUUACACAGCCUCAACUCAGUGCCUCAAACUCCUCUGUGACCAGUUUGGUCUCCAACCACAUAACUCAUCUCCCCUAAUCUGAUGUCUCCGAAGAGCCAUCCCAGAGACAGUAACAUGGCUGAACCCACCCGAUAUUGUUAGCAGAGGAUGCACAAACAUUGUUGGCAUCUGGAGAUUAGUGCCACCUUCUCCUAACAUGUCACAGAUUAGCAAUUGCUUGAGAGUUAACUACGAAUUGGUACAAUGAUAUUUUAAUCAUUGAACGGUCCUCUGAAAAACAGGGCUGAGAAUAUAGCGCCGGUCUUGUUCUGAUUCUGGUAACUAGCUGUGACCAAGUGGAGAAAAUGCUGUGGUGUUGGGAAAUUAACUUGUAUCUCUCCGAAAUGGUUUCAACAUUCACACUUUUACUAAUAAUUUACUGAAAAAAAAAAACCCAAAACAACAAAAAACCCCACAGAACCAACAUUUUCUAAAGUAUCUAAUCUGUUAAUCUUAACCAGAUAAGACAUUCUAUGCAUCCAUGGGUGUCUUUGUUUUACCGUACAUUUAUUAUUUGCUAACCUGUACAGAUACGAUGAUGGGGCAAGAGUUCUUCUAAUCAAUGUUUAAUUGUUCCUUGUAUAAAACAAAAACUUGCCCAUAAAUAACUUCAUGACAUCAUUAAAAAACAUGUAACAACAGCCUCAUUCCAGAGACAUUUAAGCUCCAGAUUGAGUCUAUUGGGCAUCAGCAGAUUUUAUGAACCUGGGGCAUCUUCUCAAUUAGUGCCCAGGGGCAAGGGGUAAAGGAAGCUCUGUGUGGAGAUGUGGUGUGAAGGUGACCAACCUGGAAGGGCCUGUGAAGGGUACCAUUCGCCCUUCUGUACCUCUCUUAGGAGAAAAAUGCCUUCCUUGCUGUGCACACACCCAAUACUUAAGGACGAUUUGUCACUCAGAGGGUUUUAGAGUUAUACACCAACAUUCAACCUACAAAGAAAUAACAUUUCUAAUCUCCGGCUUGCUGAGACGUGUAGUAAUAAGUCUGGAGAUGUGCAAGCUAAGAUACAGGGCCUCUGGGUAGUGUGUUUGAGAACUUGGGUUUGGUCCUCAGGUAAUAGGUAAUGGAGGGGAGAGGAGGAGCUAAUUUUAGCCAAAGUGAUAGAAAACCUGAUUUUCAUCUCCUACCAGGCUUUACAAUGUUGAAAGUGGCCUAGUAACUCUGAGUACUUGAAAGAAAGCUUUAUCAUUUGUUUAAAGAUGUAGCUAUAGUUGCCUAAGGAUUUAAUCUAUUGUAUUUUCUUCUUGAUAUUCUACCUCGGUGAUGGCAGCUCAUUUCUGAGGUGGCUUCAGAGAUCUGAGACCUGACAUUAAGUAUGGAGUAGUAACUGAGGGUUAUCUCAGGGCCUGUCUCAUAGUGUAGAAAUGACAAGCAAUGCUGGGUAUAGAGAAAACGUUGUAAAGUUGUCAUUGAAUUCUUGAAUGAUGUCCAAUCCCAAUGACACUGCUGACCAAAAGUUAAGAGCAGACAUAAGAGUGACACGCUAGCUAAGCCAAGCUUUUCUCUAGAGGAGAAAAUGAAGAUGGUGAUAGGUUGACUUGAGUGGAGGAAGAGAAGAUUUGUCAUUUUCAAACUAAAUCCGCGAAAAUAUUUUCUCAUUAUUCUUAUCUUCUUAUGGAGUUUUUGCCCUUGUAUCUAAGUAAAGAAAAAGAUAUGACUACCAAAUAUUUAGGAUACUUAGAAAUAUUUUAUUACUACAUGUGAAUCUGAUAUUCUUUUCUCUUGCAUUUUUAUUUACAUCUUAAAUGUUAUCCCAUUUCUCUGUUUCCCCUCUAGAAACUGGCUAUCGCACUCCCACCCCUGCUUCUAUGAGGGUGUUCCCUCACCCUCCCACCUCCCCACCCUGACAUUGCCCUACACUGGGGCAUCAAGCCUUCACAGGACCAAGGGCCUCUCCUCCCAUUGAUACCUGACAAGGCCAUCCUCUGCUACAUAUGCAAUGGAGCCAUAGGUCCAUCCCUGUGUUCUCUUGGGAUGGUAGUUUAGUCCCUGGGACCUCUGGGGGGGGGGUCUGGCUGUUUGAUACUGUGUUCUUCUUAUGAAUCUGAUAUUCUUAAUAAAGUAUUGCUUUAGACUUUUCAGCGUAACAUUUAGAGGUUUGUUAUAGAAGGUUUCUUUGUACCAGGGUUCAUGGCUGAGAUAUUUCAGAAUUUCAUAUGUUAAAAUAUCAUUAAUAAAAGGAAUAAAGGAAGAACCAAGGUAAAACAGUCCUGAAAUGAUGGAACUAUUUAAAAGAAUGCCAACUCUUAGAGAAUACCCAUGGUCUAAAUGUACUUUUCUGCUUCCUUUCCUUUCUGCGGGGUCCUGAUCAUUAUGGCUAGGACCCCUCGGCUGACUUGGUCUUUCAAGAUCCUUAGUAGGUCAAACAGGAGCCAGUUUGUCUGGCCUUAACUGACUGGAUCCCCUAUUUAACCAGCAACUCUGGUCCUCAAGCCAAACCUUGUAUAUUAAGGGACACAGUCAUGUAUGCUUACUGCUUUGUUCCAUAUGAUUCUUGUUCUUCAAUACUCAGAAGAAUCAGUUGUAGGAAGGGAAGGGCCAGUAAUAAGAACUUCAGGUCAUACAGCUCUGUGUAUACAAAGCUUAACAAACUUGAGUAACUCCCAAGGUCCAAGUUACAUUCCCAAGAAAGGCACAACAGAAAUUUUCUCUCAUAAACACAUACUGUUCUCAUAAACUAAGCAUAAUACAUUUGCUCCUAUCCUGGGUCACAUGUCAUGGUAAGAUGUAUAGUAUGGCCAUCACAGGAAUUGUACUAGGACAGUUAAAGGACAGUCAGUCACUUUGCGGUCACUGUGUUUGACUGAAAAUGUAUAAUGUAUCUUACUGUUGAAAACAUAUGAGCUCUGUUUCAAUUAGUGUGUCAUCCUGUACUUUGUUCAAGGAAACCAGUUAGAUUCAUCGUAGGAUAGUUCGAGUUGGUUGAAACCCCACGUACAAAUGAAAUUUUAAGUCUAAAAGAUUCUUGUAUUUGAACGUAAGAAGCAUAAACUCUCCUGCUUUACUUUAUGUGCAGAAAUGAAACGUUCUAACAGUACAGAAGUGCUUCAUGGUAUGUCAACAGCUUACUUUCUAGUAAUGCUAGCCACCUUUUAAGCCCAGCAUGUUUCUUUUGUCUGCUCUUUAUAAAGAUCUCCGUUUUGUCUAAUGCUUUAAAUGUAACCCAAGACUUUAAGUGUGGAUUAUUUAAUGUGCUCCUGAAGAGGUUGUGGUUCCUGACAAAUGCUGUCAUUAUUUGUUGUGUCAAAUUCCAGUGGCUUCAGAAAUCAUAGCAUCCCAUAAUUUUGUGGUUUCUGGGUUUGCGCAGUGUUGUUGACAACUGUACUUAGUGAUUGUUCUGCACACUUUUCAAAUAAAAACACGUUUCUAUCAA